CAUUUAUUUUCGUUUCAGGUAUAUGUGAGGACGUGAUUUUCGUUUGGUGUAGUUGUUCCACGUGUGAUUGUGUAUAAGCAGUGCACUUCCAAAGAUGAAUCCAGCAAUAUUUCUUUGCUCGGGUAUUUCGCCUUUUGUUUCCAUAUAACUGUGCAUUAUAGAAUCUCAGAUUUCAACUAACACUGCCAAACAUGGCUCCUGCUGGUCGAAGGAGAAGACGUCCAGUGCCCACUUUGAAAGCAACUGCCCGUGUGAUGACUGACGCGGCCCCAGAGUCGCCAGAUUUCCCAUCGUGCACAACCCCCGACGUCCUCGACAAGCCGUCCUUCGUGAUCAUACUAGAAGACGACGAUCGUAGCAAAGACAGCAGCCACGACGUCAUCCCGGUUUCCGAUCAUCUGCCGCCUUGUCCCACAGUUGAAGCAGUUGCUGCUGCAUUGUGCACGACUCCCACGAAAGCCCGUCGCGAUGGUGUGGAUUCGGAAGGAUCUCCGCCAAAGAUCCGCACUCGUGCGAGUGGCUCUGUUCGGAAAAUCACGGAGUUCUACAAACCGGCUCCCGGUGGAGAUGAUGUUGGCGGCGGCGGUGAUGGUGGUGCGGAUUCCACGGAGAAUCGGUUGCCGUCGGAGGUGGUUGCCUCGAGUCCUUCCCGCGACGCCGAAGGCAAGGAGAAUGUCGAUAGCCCGGCUGUGGUUUUUGCGUCCCCGAAGAGUGCCGUGCGGGAGCUCAACUGGGAACAGCAAGAGACGGAUCCGAAACCCACCCCGCCUCACAGAAUCCAAAGCCCGUUGAAGCUCGAGGCUGUGGCCCAAGUCCGUGUGCCAGUGAUGCGCGUGCCGGCCAAUGCGCUUACGAAGCUGGUCAUUUCGCGAACCGAGGUGACCGAGGCUGAAAAGAAACCCAUGGGACGCCCAAAGAAGGUGACUGCUGUUAAACAGGGUGCCGUGGCGAAGCAACCCACGUUGGAGGACUUUUUUCCGCCGGUGCGGAGAUCGUCGCGGAAGACCCAAGCCGCCAUUGCCAAAGAGACCCACUGGCAGAUUAUUCAGGCAUUGCGGAGUGGAACUGAUGAUUCACUGGAGAAGCGUAUUUUUCCCGGUAAGGGGCGUGGAGUAGUUGCCGUGAGGAACUUCGCAAAAGGCGAAUUUGUGGUUGAAUACAGCGGAGAUCUGAUCGAUAUUAAACAAGCGGAGCAACGUGAAGCACAAUACGCGAGGGAUAAAAACGCCGGAUGCUACAUGUAUUAUUUUGAGCACCAAAACCGACAGUACUGUGUUGAUGCUACUCAAGAAUCCGGGAGACUGGGGAGAUUAAUCAAUCACAGCAAGAGCCAGGCUAAUCUGUCAACGAAAACAAUCAUGGUGGACGGAAAGCCGAGGUUAGCUCUGUUUGCAACCCGCGACAUUGGAAAAUCCGAAGAACUUUUGUACGAUUACGGCGACCGCAGCAAAGAGUCGCUCGCUAACCAUCCGUGGCUGGCCUUCUGAAGAAAAAAAAGAAGAAAUGCCCGCGUGUCUUACUGGCAAUGAUCUCUAUUUUUUUUUUUUUUUUUUUUUGUGAAUGAAUGCGGUUUUUUAUUAAUUGUAGGCAGCAGACUUCGACCAAAAAGGCUAACUUCCCGCGUUCGUUUCCCAAUGAUCUCCCGCGAUUGGUUUUUUUUUUUUUUUCAAGUGCACGUGAGUUGUAUUUAGGCGAGGGUUCGGUUCUCUCAUUUUUUUGUUUGUUUCGUGGCUCUGUCCAUGACGUGUUUUUACGCAUCUUAUUGUUGUAAGAUUUUUUUGCGUGUAAGUUAACCUGGAUAUUUUGUAUUUCCUUGACGAUACUCGCGUUUCGAGAGACUUUCAACGAUUCUGAGCAUUUUUUUUUUGUGGGCCGCGGGUCGGCAGGUUGCGGUUGGAUUCGUCUUCCGCGUCGAGAUUUCUCGGGUCGUUGACGAUUUUCUGUGAGAUCUGACGCUUUUUUUCCCUGCUGGGGAACAUUGAGUAUCGCUGGCUCUGUUAUUGGACUAUUGUAAGAAACAACUCUUCAGUUUCACGCCUUGUUUAGUCGUGCUUGAUUUGUAAUUUGGUUCUCUUCUUAUUUUGCGAUCCUUGUCCGACCGAAUUUUCUUUCUUUUCGAUUUACUGCUGAAGUCUGUUUCAAUCAUUCGUAACUUGUAUUAUAGUGAAGACAAAGGAUUUUUUUAUGUUACCUUGCUUGCUGAAACGUCCAGCUGGUGUCGCCUGAAUUCCAAAGCUGAUUGAAUUUAGACCUGAAUUAUACGAAAUGAGAACCAUCACCUACGCGAUGGCCAAUGAAUAAAAGUGAGGGGACGUUGCACUUGAAGUGACAAUAAGCUUAGAGUA